GGCAGGAUGCGCGAGGACACGGCGGGGCCGUUAUGAUAAAACCGCAGCGGAACACCGAGCUCGCGAAGUGCAAACAUAUGAGAAAUAAACAGUAGCGGGUUAUAUAUCCGAGGAAGUAUCUGAGAGCCGUCUGCCGUGUGAACACGGAGCCACACAGGGCUCAUACAAAGGAGUGUAAACACACACGGCAGCUGCGGUCAGCACAGACAGGACGGAGGGAGCUGUCGGACACUCCGAGGUCUGUCUGUCUCACUUCUCCUCCCCUCUCCGGCUCAUGUGGACUGAUUCAGAGCUGGGCCAUCACGAUGCCAAUGAAGUUUCUGGUCACUCAUUGGCUGACCAACUUAAUACCAGCAGCAUCAUGUCAGUGAACCCUCCAAGCAGCAAUGACGCUUGUCUCAGCAUCGUCCACAGCCUCAUGUGCCAUCGACAGGGUGGGGAGAAUGAGGGCUUCGCCAAACGUGCCAUCGAAAGCUUGGUGAAGAAGCUAAAGGAGAAGAAGGAUGAGCUGGACUCGCUCAUCACUGCCAUUACCACCAAUGGUGUCCAUCCAAGCAAGUGCGUCACCAUCCAGAGGACACUGGAUGGACGACUGCAGGUGGCAGGGAGGAAAGGUUUUCCUCAUGUGAUUUAUGCAAGGCUGUGGCGCUGGCCUGACCUCCACAAGAAUGAACUCAAGCAUGUCAAGUUCUGCCAGUAUGCCUUUGACCUGAAGUAUGACAAUGUGUGUGUCAACCCCUACCAUUACGAGAGGGUAGUGUCUCCAGGCAUCGUUGGUCUCAGCCUUCAAAACACAGCAGCACCAGGCGGCCUCAUCAAAGAGGAAUACAUCCAUGACUGUAUACAGAUAGACCUUCCACCUGGCAUGCCUCUGUCUGACCAUCAAACAGCCCUGAAGCUGCCUCCUCCAGACCACUAUGGUCAACCCCUGCCUCCCCCACAGCUGUCGUCUGAGCCCCAUGGACCCCCACCUGUCAGCAGAUACACUAACCUGCCUGUUUCACCCAAAGUCUCCUGCUCUGGUUCCAUGCUGCCACUACAGGGCAGUCACAGUGAUGGCCGUCUUCAAACUGCAUCCCCACAGUCUCAAGUCAUGACCCCAGUACCACGUCCUCCGACUCCAACCCAACCCCCACCUCAGCAGCAGGCUGCCCAGCAACCCUCACAGCCCCCCCAUUCACAACAACCCUCCCUACCUACUUCUCACUCACAUGGAAAAAACGGAUACAGCAGCAAUAAACACUCUCAGAGCCAGGCUGUCUUCCACACAGUUUGGACAGGCAGCAGCACAGCCUCCUAUACUCCUAUAGGACCUCCGCAGAAUGGGCGUAAUCUCCAACAACCUCCCCUCCAUCACCCAAACCAUCACUGGUCUCAGCAUCACGCCUCAAACUCUUUCCCUCCUUCUGUGUCCAAUCAUCCAGCAGGACCAGAGUUUUGGUGCUCUAUCUCCUACUUUGAAAUGGAUGUUCAGGUGGGUGAGAUGUUUAAGGUGCCCUCCAGCUGCCCUGUUGUGACUGUGGAUGGUUACGUUGACCCGUCGGGAGGUGAUCGUUUCUGCCUCGGCCAGCUGAGUAACGUUCACCGCACAGAUGCCAGUGAGAGAGCUAGGUUACACAUAGGUAAAGGCGUGCAGCUGGAGUGUCGUGGUGAGGGCGAUGUGUGGAUGCGCUGUAUGAGCGACCACGCUGUGUUUGUGCAGAGCUACUACCUUGACAGAGAGGCAGGCCGAGCACCAGGUGAUGCAGUGCACAAAAUCUACCCUGGAGCCUAUAUCAAGGUGUUUGACCUGCGACAGUGCCACAGACAGAUGCAGCAGCAGGCAGCAACAGCUCAGGCCGCAGCUGCUGCACAGGCAGCUGCUGUGGCUGGAAACAUUCCUGGUCCAGGCAGUGUUGGAGGCAUUGCACCUGCAGUUAGUCUGUCUGCUGCAGCAGGGAUCGGUGUGGACGAUCUCAGGCGACUGUGUAUCCUGCGACUCAGCUUUGUUAAAGGCUGGGGGCCUGACUAUCCUCGCCAGAGCAUCAAACACACCCCCUGCUGGGUGGAAGUCCACCUGCACCGUGCUCUGCAACUUCUGGAUGAGGUGUUGCACACUAUGCCAUUGGCAGACCCAGGGCCUGCUAACUAAAGACCAAGACAGCGUUCAAAUUCCAAUCAGGAUCUCUCAAUGUGUGCACACAGACACACUAUUGGAUUUCUUUUCUUCAGGCCAAAUAUGCUAUAUGUCUUGAUACACACAAGUUAUUUAAUCAGAAACACACAGAAGACAAAAAUGACCAACAACACAUUAUGCUUGUAACAAUCAAUGCACACAUCACUCAUGCUGUCUCACAGACAUACACACACACACACACACACACACACACACGCACAAACACUGAAACCAAAUGGUCUGUAGCUGCAACGCAGACAUAAAAGUGGUGAUAUCUUUGGGAUUUUUCUAAUGCUUUAGUCUACAAUCUAUAGUCAAGUGCUAAUGAGUUAGAUCUGUGAAGGUAAAGAUUUUGAGUUUGUCUUCUGACCAGUGUGUCUCUGUACUGAAGACAGUGCACUGUACAAAUGCAGGGAUGCGUUUCAGAAAUCCAGUUUUCCAAUAUGCAUUUUGGAUUUCUACUCAUUGUAGGAGUGUUCUGCACAUGCACUCAUGGAAUAGAUAGACAUGUAGAGAUGAUGUAUUCCAGUAGGUGACAACACUCCUGGACAGAUACCAAGUGCAUACCUCUGGAAAAGAAAAACGUCUGAGUGAAUUCAAACAGUGUUUCAAUUCUCUUUAUGUCUUACAGCAGAAGUGAUCUAGAAGUAUGUGUUAGGAAGCCAGUGUUAAGUCAACUGUGUGCUUGUACUGCGCUCUUCACUAUGUCCAUCUCAACUCAAACUGUUAUCCCUCUUAUUACGCUCAGCCCGGACUAUAUUAUUUUUGUACCAAAAGUCUAAAAAGCCAAAAAUAUUUAGCUUUAAAGAAGUGUUGUUGUUUUCCGUAAACAGUGCUACCCUGUAUGUAACCAAAUGCUUGGUGGAAAUCACCAAAGCCAGAAUACCUCAUUACUACAGUGCAAAGUCACACUUCAGUUUUCCGCUUUGUUCAACAUUGACAGACUGAGCUCAGGUCUGCAGUCAGUCUGAAAGGGUAUGAGAUGUCAGACACUGACUGGAAUUUGUUAAUAGGGAACUCUACAGAUUUACAGCGGAGUGUACUUUUCAAAGAAGUUUCUGGGUACUUCUGGUACAGACUCGAGCCUGUGCAUAUGACACCAGUGCCUUUCUCUACUCUGGUCUGAUCAGUUUGGAUCACUAGCACGUCACUAGCAGUUCAUCUUAAAAGGGAAUUCCACUAUUUUUCAACGUACGCCCUUUGUUGAUAAAUGUGGGUGUGUAAAUGAAUGGUACUUAAAAAUAAAAUUGGUAGUAGUUUGCCUCCACCGGCAGCCGCAACGUGGCAUUGGCUACAAUGUAAACUUAUGGGGCAACUGCGACAGUCCAUGAAAGUUUCACCAAUAAAAUGCUCAAAUUGUUAUGAUGGAUCUUUCAGUCUGGCAACACGAGACAGCAGCUUGACUCUUACCCAGAAGUAAUGAGAUUCAAUGAGAAUUCCAGUUUAAUUUGAUGUGGUGAUUAUUUAAUGUACACUUCGAAAGGCACAUCGACUCUCCUGUGGUAGACACCAGGGUUGACAGUUUAAUCAAUGUCAAAAGAAUCUAAUUUAGUCUGAAAUCUAUACUGUACCACAGUGGCAAAUGGACUGUUGAUCUAGAUCCAGAGGUGAAGAAAUGAUUGGUGAGAUGACUCAUGUAGUUUGGAUCUGUCAGGAAACUGAGACAUUUACCAUCUAAUGCCGCUGCUUUACAAAGGUCAGCCAUUAACACAUGCAUAUUUGUGAUUUGUGCCUUUUGUUGUCAUAGAUGCACCAACACUGGAUUGUAAGAAGAUUGAUGUUGCACAUUGUGAUUUGGUUUUCAGCUGUUCAGAAUCUAUGAUGAUAUUCUGUAGUCCCCUCAGGUAUCUGUAGCUCAUCAAACUGGUUUUUACCUGAGUAGUUUUGUUUAUUGCCUUAGUCUUUAGUGAGUGUAAACAUAUGAUAUGGCUCUAUCCUAAUCUUAGCAUGAACGCCACAACUAGAUGUCAUAUUUAUCUGCUCUCCUCUGCCCAUAUUCAGGGAUAAUGGUCACGCAGGCUUUCUCACAUACGGAGCAAAUUUACCACCACCACCUCCAUCAUCGUCAUCAUCAUUGUCCUGAUCUCUCUAUAAUCAAUUCACUUGUUCACACUCCUGCAGUUUUAAACCCUGUUCAUGAAAAUCCACCCAGAGUUAUCUGAUCAGUGGUCAGCACUAAGUCCAGGUCUGAAUGCAACCAAAUGUUUCCUCAAUGGGUCCCUCAGACCACAUUCAGUGGGGCUUUUAUUGCUGUAUGAAUGCAAAUGUGUUCUCAGCCACAUAUUAAGGACUGCCUACUAAGCGGAUGUCCUCUGACCCACUACAGCUUUACAAUGAAUAUGAUUGUUUUUAUGAUUCUCAGAGCUCAUACAUUGGUCUGCAAUAUGAACAUUGAUCACCAUGUUAUGAGUUAUGUUUUUUUUCUCACAUGGGUAAAAUCUAGAUUUACGCACUGCAUCGAUUCAUUCAGCCCCUCCCAACUCUCUCAUCAUCAUCAUCAUCAUCAUCAUCACCAUCAGCCUCAGACAAAUCUGUAUACUGAGACAGGGUUAAAACAUAAUUUAACAAAAAAAGUGUAUUUGCAUAGAAAGCAGUGAAGUGAGAUCCUAUCUCAAGUAGUCACAGGAGACACUUUUAGGAUGCAUUUUAAUGCCAGGUGUGAACAGACAAACUUGACACAGUAAAUGUGUGAUCGGAUUACAUUAGCAACAAAUAAAAAAUAAUAAUGAAUCAACCGACCACUUUGUGUCAACCACACAAAAUGUUCUACUCACAUGAGAUAUUUAUUGUCCUGUUUAUGGUUUGCGUUCUGCUCCCCACCAAGCAGGACUGCUUGUGUUGCUGCAGGGGAGGGUUUCGCACCUUACACUGGUCUUUUUUUGCAAUUAAUUCUCACCUCUCAUUUUCACCUCUCAAAAAAGUACAUUUUUUUCCUUUAGUUUUUGCAUCAUGAAUAACAAUAAAGGACAUAAACCAAACUGUUCACUAAAGUAGCAUAGGCUACACAACAACUGACCUCAGACAGCCUGCCAUAGGCUGCUCUUAUUCAUCACAUCCUUGGUGGGUAAAGACCUUUACAAAAACAAAACCUGGUCCUGGGUCAAGUGCACUUGGAGCACAUCUGGAAAUGUUCUAGAAGAUGUUUCAAUCAAUCAAUCAAGUAUUCACAAAUCACAAUUGGUCUCAUGGUGCUUAACCCUCAGAAAGAGUGAGGGAAAACUACCAAAAAGAGUCAAUGACUGACUUUUUUAUAUUGUUUUCAUCAUUGGAUUGAGUUGAGAUUACAGAAGUAAUCAGAAGGUCGGAAAAGAUCCAGUAAGUGGAGUAUCUAUGUGCAGGUUACUGUAGGUUAUUUAUGUCACAUUGGCAUUCACUGAGUCAGGACUACACUUUAAUGCUCAAGUUCUGAAAGUUAUUUGUUUUUCCAGCCUUGCAUGUGAGUACAGUAAUGAUGACUGUAGGAGGGACCACAGCUUUCUUGAUCACAACCUUUAUAUCUGCUCUCAACAGCUGUGCUCAGUCUACAGCAGCACAUCCUCCCCCGAGACUGUAGGGGCCCUAACCAUUACACAGAGCCUGUCAAUUAGGGGAAGUGUAGUGUGUUCGUGCACUAGCACAGAGGGCAGUUUCUCUCAGUGUUUAUGUCAUGCAUUUGAUUUGCUUGGGAUAAAUGCAACAGCUUUAGAAAUCGGUUUGGGUUAAAUAUUCUAAUAUUUAAUUCAUGCAUUUUUUAAUCUCAGUAUAAAUGUUCCGGACACAUUGUGAAACAUUUCUGGAUUUCAUCCCAAACCAGAACCAAUGAUAAUGCAUUUAUCAUUCCAGACUGUUUUUUAAUGUGAGACGACACACACCAUACCAUUUAAAAAACAUUACAUGGGUUUAUUUGGACACUUAAAGAGGAUUGAAAAGUAGGUAGUAAAAAACUGAAUUUGGCUACACUAGAAUAUUGUUAUUAUUAUUUUGGAGUUAUUUCGUUGUAAACACGUGCUGCUCUUGUAAUGUUGACUGGAUAUUAAAGUAAAAUAUUCAAA